UAGGAAGAGGAAGAGGAGAUUGAGAGCCUUUUAGAGUAUCAUGGAUUUUCUCUUAACGAAUUCGAGGAACCAUACAUGGUGAAGGAAGGUCCAUUUCUUAAUGCUGAGAGGGACUAUCCUACUAAGUGUUCCACACUCGUUCAUUUGAAAAGGUCGGGAAAUAUUUCUGAGGAUGUUUUAGCUUCUUCUCAAAUGGUUUCCUUACCUGUGGUAGCAUCCAAAGAAAAGCAGCUCGAUAAAAUCUACAAGCAUGAACCAAGAGUGGCUCAUGUCCUUGAUGCUGAUGACAAAAUGCCUGAUCAUGUAGUUCUUUCAUCUCCAAAGGACCACACACAAGCGCAAUUAAUGUUUGGUACAUCAAUUGUUGAUCAUACAAGUCCAAAUGGGCAUCAUAAGAUUAGUGCCUUAUUCUCACCGCAGGGAUUCCCCUUAACGCAUGGUUCUCCUCAGUCACAACCAGCUAAUGUUGAAGAUAUGGAAAAAGCAGAUGAUAUUUUAUUCAAAAUAGCUCCAGAGAGAAAGAUGGUUUUCAGAAUGGAUCAGGGCAUGCCAUCACAAGCGAUCUCAGGAACACCUCUUCCUGAAAGAUCUCCAAGUGGUAAAUAUGGUAGUUUAGUGGAAAGCUCUGUUCCCCAAAGUAUGGUAAUUGAUAAGUUAAAUCCUCAGCCAGAUAGAUCCCCAAGUGUUAAAUACAAUAAUGAUGUUGAAAAUUCAGUGCGGAAGACGCUUGCUUUUGAUAACUUCAAAUCCUCACCAGAGAGACUACCAAGUGGUGUAUAUGAUAACGCUGUGGAAAAUUCAGUACUUCAAGGUGUCACUGUUAAUGAAAUGGAAGAUGAAGAACCUGUGGAUACUAGUCAAGAAAUUGAAACUGAUGAAUUUAUGACAAAUUUUCAUGAUGAAGUUGCUGAUGCAAAACUAAAGUUAAUUCUAAGGUUAUGGAGACGGCGCUCUGUGAAGCUGAGAUACCUACGUGAACAAGGCAGUUAGCAGCUGAAGCUGCACUCAAUUCAUUAUCAUUGGGGCCACUGAUUCAAUAUAAUAAAGAUGUAAGACUGUU